UAUUAUUUGACAUAUGUCAUUGUAGUGCAGGCCAGGGUAUUUGUUAUCAAUUCUCAAUUUAGUGUUUAUUUUCAAAUGACAAUUAGUGAAUGAAAUUAUUAACAGUGUUUUAGUGGAAAAUAUUGAAAUACAAGUGAAAAUGUGGCAUCAGUGAUGCGUUUAAAGGGAAAAAAUAACGCCAAGUCUUUUCAUAGCGUCUAUAAGGUGCUUUCCCGUAUAUGUCGAGCCGUGGAUAAAGGUCAACUCGAUGGUUUCAUGGCUGAUGGCGCAGUUCCUCCAUUAAAAAAUGGCAAUAAUUCAAAAACAACUGGUUAUGCGACUCAAAAUAAUAACGUUAAACAAACUACCGAUGUAUCGAACACGGUACAAACAAUGGGUCAAUACGCUCCAAAAAUCUUAAGGAAUUUACAAGCUCAAAGAUUAAAAAAUCAAUUCACUGAUGUUUGUCUUGUCGCUGGUGAUUGUGUGAUUCGAGCUCAUAAAUUAGUUCUAGCGGCGGGUAGUGCUUAUUUUAAUGCAAUGUUCACUGGUGGAUUGGUUGAAGAACAACAAGAUUCUGUCGAAAUUCAUUCAGUUUCAUCAAAAAUACUUUCAAUGCUCGUCGAUUUUAUUUACACUGGAAAUAUUGAUAUUACUCAGGACAAUGUUCAGGAGCUUUUUGCCGCUGCUGAUAUGUUAGAAUUGGAGGAAGUUGUUUCUGGAUGUACCGAUUAUCUAGAACAACAACUUCAUUGUUCUAAUGCCCUUGGAAUUUACAGAUUUGCCGAAGCACACAAUAGUUCAAAUCUUUUGGAGACUGCCUUACGCUUUAUUCAAGUCAAUUUUCCUCGAGUGUCACAAGAGGAAGAAUUUUUGGACCUGCCAAAGGAAUACCUCGUUCGCUUCCUCAGUAGCGAAUAUAUUCACAUCGAUACCGAAUUUCAGGUCUUCCAAGCGGCGUAUAAUUGGAUAACACAGGAUAUAUCGGCUAGAAGAUGUUAUGUUUUUGAAAUCUUAGGUCAUAUAAGACUGCGACUUUGCUCUUUGGCUCGCCUGGAGCAAACAAUACUUGAUUGCAAAGAUGCUAGUCUAAUAGUGGCAUUGCGAUCAAUUCAGAAAGACUUAAUUUCCAACAAAGGCUGCCUUGUACCAUUACACGCGCAGCCAAGAAUUUGUGCUAAGAAAAACAUCUUGGUUAUCGGUGGUUCAAAAAGGGAACAUUGUCCCGAUAGUUGGGCUCGAGCUGCCGAAAGUACUUACGAAACUAUUGACAAAUACGACACAUUUACUGGAGAGUGGAGCGAAGUGGCGCCGAUUGGAAUAGGCAGAAUUCUACCAGGUGUUGCAUUAUUAGAUGGUAAAGUUUAUGUUGUUGGAGGUGAAUUGGAAUCCUGUAUAAUCGCGAACGGAGAAUGUUACAAUCCCCGUGACGACGUUUGGACCUCAAUCGCAUGCAUGGAAGAGCCUAGAUGUGAUUUUGGAUUAUGUGCCUUGGAUAAUAGUUUAUAUGCAUUUGGUGGUUGGGUCGGUGAAGAUAUUGGACGUUCUAUUGAAAUUUACGAUCCAAUAACCAAUACUUGGACGUUAGAUGGCGAACUUCCAGAACCUAGAUUUAGCAUGGGUGUCGUUGCUUAUGAAGGGCUCAUCUAUGUUGUCGGUGGAUGUACUCACGUUAGUCGACAUCAUCAAGAAGUUAUGAGCUACAAUCCAGUUAAUAAAAAAUGGAAAUAUUUAGCUCCAUUAUUAACACCACGUUCACAAAUGGGAAUCACCGUUCUUGAUGGUUACAUUUACGUUGUUGGUGGUACUAAUAAAAAUCACGAGGUACUCACAUCCGUCGAGCGAUAUUCUUUCAAAAAGAACGAAUGGACAACUGUCGCUCCAAUGAAAGUUGGCAGGUCGUAUCCUGCUGUAGCAGCGGCUGAUGGACGCUUAUACGUUAUAGGCGGCGAUCAAUCACAAGAAAUUAAUUUUUACCGAACGCAAAUCACCAUUUCUACUGUCGAAUGUUACGAUCCAAAUUCCGAUACAUGGCACGAGUGCGCUUCUCUUCCAACGAGCCGAGGUGAAGCAGCAGCGAUAAUCGCACCAUUUUGAUUAUCAUUUUUUUAUUUUUCAACACAAUAUAAUCAUCGAACGUUCUUCAUAUUCAUUUAAUUAAGAGCUGUCCAACUUUUAGAGGCCUUGCAAAUUUUAGGAAUUACUCAAUUUUACGAAUACAAAAAAUGAAAAAAGAAAUCCUCCUCACGAAUCUAAGAGUUUAUAAGGUGUAAAUAAUAUUUUAAAAAAACACACAUACAGUCAUCGUAAUAGUAUAUUUUUUUCAAUGCUUCGAGGAAUUGAAAAAUGCAUAAAUUCAAUUUUUUAAAACAUUAUUUUUAUUUUAAUAAUUUAGAGAACCUUUGCAUGGAAAUGUUUGAAAAAUGUCAGAAUUUAUUUUUAUGAAACAUUUUUUCAAAGAAUUAAUUGAAAAUCAGAUAAUUAACACAUAUCGGAAAAUUUAAAACUCACUUUAGUAGUGGCUUUUAGUCAUUUUUAAUUUUAAUGGAUGAGAAAGUUAUGAAAAUAUAUAUCAUCAGGUUGGACAGCUCUUUAUGAGAAAAUAAUAAUUGGUAAAAUACUGUGCAGCUAAAAAUUAUAAAUAAAAAUAUUGAUGGGACCGGAGAUGUAAAAUUACAGCGAUUAGAAUUUAAUUCUAUAAAGAAUUGAUUAAAAUAAUUGAAAUUUUCAUAUUUGUUCGUUGUCAAGUAAUGGUCGUCAAUUUUUUUUUCAUUUUUGAAACAAAUUUUAAAAAACUUUCAUAAUCGAAUUUUUAUUUAAUUAAAUAAUUUUUAUAUUUUAAAUUAAAUGAAAUUAUUAUUUUUUUUUCUAAUUAAACGUCUCUUGUCCCAGAUUAUUUGUGAAACGUCGAAAUUCGCGAAUUAUAAAAAAAAAAAAUUAAAAACAUUCUUUCAGACUAAAGGAAAACUCGUAUUUUUUGUAUACUUCGAAAUAACGUCGAUUUUUAAUAAGUUUAAAAGUAUCGAAAAUAAUUGCGAGAAGAAAUUGAGGUUAUAUAAAUAUAUAUAUAUAUAUAAAUAAUAUGAAAAAAAAUAUAUUUAGCUUUCGAACGUGUUCUUCCCCUGACGGUUCAAUAUAUGUACAUUUGUAAAACACUUUUUUCAAAAAAAAAAAUGUAUCUUCGAAUCAUUUUCACAUAUUUUUACAAAAUCUCUUCAUCCAAAAAUAUGUCAAAAAAAAUAUCUCUAAUUCGAAUAAAAAGUGUUAUACGAUUUUAUGCAUAAAAAAAAGAAAACAAAAAGUAAUGAAAAUUUGUACAAAUUUGAACCAGUUUGGGAACAACUAAAUGUCCAUCAGAAAAAUAUCUGAUUUUAAAAAUAAUGUUUUUUGGCUAUGCAAAUCGUCAACAACCAAAGUUACUAACAGUUAGUUAAGAUAUUAUUAUUAUUAUUAUUAUUAUUAUUAUUAUUAUUAUUAUUAUACUAUGUAUAUUUAAACAUGUUGUGGCAAGUUUAAAGAGUA